UUUGAGAUACAUGAAAAUAUUGUAUCCAUUGGUAAUGAUCUUUGCGUAUAUAAAAAUUUUAUUUGAAUAAUUUAUUUCCUAAAAUUAUUAUCUGACAAAAAUAUAUUAUAUACUUUUAUAUGACGGCGAUGAUUCAUACAGAUCGAUAAUUAUCGAUCGAUGAUUAGUAAAUAAAAUAAAAAUUAAAUACAAAUUAGUUCGAUAGUAAUUACGAUGAAAUGUAUAUAAUAUAAAAAAUUAUAUAUAUUAUAUUGAAAGUAAUAUCGAUUUACCAAAUGAAAGUUGUUGCAUGCAGAUCAUUUUAUUUAUAACAAAAUAUUGAAUAUUCCAAAAGAGAACAGAUUUAAAGAUAUUAAUUAUUUCUUUGGUACUAAGAUGUUACCGCUUCGAAGUAUUGAGUGGUACUGAGACGAAAUGACCUUUAAUAGACGUUUUAAUUUCGUUUAGAAGUUAAAUACUUCAAAGUUUAUUAUUGUUAUUUGUUUGAGAUACCUGUUAUUACAAUCAUUUAAUGUUUCAAAAUAAUUUCGCGAUCUUAUACCAAAGAAUGUCUAGUUCUUUAAUUUUUUACGUUAUUUAUUUUUCAUAAGUUUCUACAUGUGCUUCAAUUUCAAAAGAGUAAUUCACUAUUAAAAACGCGGGCCGAUGAACGGAAGCUUUUCUUUUCAUUUGUUUUUACCUUUCUUUUGUGAAUUAAUUGUAAUUAAUUAUAAUUCAUAAAAAUGUCAGAAGUUGGUGGUUUUUUAAAUGAAAGUAUAUCUUAUAUCGACGAAAAUGAAAAAAAAACAAAUCGCUCAAAAAGAAUAAAUAAUAUUGUGCCACUGAUGAUAUGUCAUAUAAUUAAUUUGAAAGAUCAGUCAGACGAAUUAUCACUGUGGGGUUUACCUGUAUCUAUUAUUACAAUUGUGGGUAUAGUACGUCAUGUUGAACGAACUACGACAAAAAUUACUUAUGAUAUUGAAGAUGAAACAGGCACUGUGACAGCAUUAAGCUGGUUAGACGCUGAUAAACAGUCGGUUAAUCCAUCUUUAUUAGAAGGCAAUAUCUAUGUUCGUGUACAUGGCACAAUUCGCUAUUAUAAUGAUAAACAACAUAUUUUGGCUAUCAGUAUUGUGCCUAUAGAAGAUUUAAGUGAAUUAACUAAUCACUUACUUGAAGUUACAUAUAUUACAUUAAAAGCUCAAGAAGUGACAGGAGUAGAUAUAAAAGUAUCAAAUGAUGAAAGAAAUGUUGAAAGUAAUACAUGCAACAAUAUGGAUCCAAAUCAAUCUGCAAUUUUUAAUAUUAUUCUGGCUGGAAGUGAUACCGACUGUGGCAUCGAAAAAGCAGUGAUUAAAAAAUGUGCACCAGCUCACUUAAAAUCACAGAUAGAUACAAUAUUAGAGUUUCUUAUUAAUGAAGGACACAUCUAUACUACACUUACAAAUGAUCACUUUAAAACCACAUAAGUUUUACAUGCAUUUAUAUUAUAUUACUUAUAAUUCUAUUGUAUUACAUAAUUUCUUGUUUCUGUAAUUUACAUAAUUUUUAUAUAAACUGUUAUCAUUUUCAAA